UUUUUUGUGAAAAUAUAAGUGCUUUUAUGCAUAAUUUAUUUUUAAGUUUAGUAUAAAUUUUUUAACAAAUUCUAAAAUUAGCUAUGUGUUACAUGGAUUCUGUGCGUCGCAUUUAAGGAAAUCUAAGAUGCCUAAAAUACCGUAUAAACCUGAAAAAGCCCGUGAGGAUGACGAUGAUUACGAAAUUGUGUCUUUUGAAGACUUCUGUGACAAGUCUCCUGGUUCUAAAACCGACCUAUUGACGCUAAAUGAUAAUAUAAACUAUCGUCUUUGUUACGAGAGUGAUAAGAAUUCAAAAUUGACUGAUUAGAAGGUGAGAGCUCCAGAGCUGCAGACAGACACACGGAGACCUCUCUAAAUGGCCCUAAAGGUGUUACAUUUAAGAGGAAGCUUUCAAAUUCGUUUUCUCCCUUUGGGCGAUACAACAACAAAGGAGGCAGAACUCCACUGUUCAGCGGAGUUAUUCCUAAACCAAGAAAUGAAGGAGAGUCUGGAGCAAGGGAACAUAGAUACCAACGCUUUUCGGAGCGUCGCAACAUAUUCCAACGCAUCUGGGAGCACUUGCCCGGGCUAGGAUCAGGCAUGCUGGGCGUGGCACUGGUCUGUGCGCUGUGUGUGGGUGCCUGGUGGGCUGUAGGUGGCGCUGUCGGAGGUUCCUGGGGAGAAGAACAUUACAGAAAACUCUGGGAGAGAACACAUCCAGAUGCGAUCAAGAAACCCCUGUCACCGAUGCCAUAUGAAAAGUUUCCUAUACAGCAAGCACCGGAGUACCGAUACCAUGAUCACAAUAACUUGAGUACGAAGAACAAGAGUAAUGCUACGGAGAGGAAGAAGACGGACCUGAACAAGAAGAAUGUGUACCCCGAGAGGACCGUGGAAGUCCUUCAGGAUAUGUGCUCCAAGGUCGAUGAAAUGAUGAAGUUCGAUUGUUUCCCUCAAGGAGCUUCCAAUGAAAAGGAUUGUGUUAAACGAGGAUGCUGUUGGAAAUCAACAGAGACUCAAGGAGUGCCAUACUGCUACUAUCCAUCUCACUUCGACUCCUUUCGAUUCCUAAACAUAACGGAAGACAAGCACGGUAUGGUUGCGUACUUGGAGAAGGUGCGUCCGUCAGGAUAUCCAGGAGACUUUGAUGUCGCUAGGAUGGACUUCAAGUAUUUGUCUGAUGAUGCUCUGCAGAUUAAGAUCUAUGACGCAGAACACAAGAGGUUCGAGCCGAUACAGCCUGAAAUAUCGAUCGUGUCGAAGCCUCUCUCACAGAAGAAGUACAGGGUGGAAGUCGAUGGGUCUCUUAUGGGAUUCAAAGUCAUCAGGAAUUCUGAUAAUGUUACUAUUGUAAACAGCCAAGACGUAGGCGGUUUGAUUCUAUCAGACAAGUUCCUGCAACUGUCAGCUGUGUUACCAACGAGCCAUAUAUUUGGACUCGGAGAGAAGAGGGCGCGGUUCAUGAAUGAUGUCAAUUGGAAUACAUUCGCAUUAUUUAAUAGAGACAGGGUGCCUACUGAAGGGGUGAACCUAUACGGCACGCAGCCAUUCUACCUGGCCGUGGAACACGACGGCAACAGUCACGGCAUGCUACUGCUCAAUUCUAACGCUAUGGACAUAGUCCUCCAGCCGACGCCAGCCAUAACAUAUAGAACUAUAGGUGGUAUUCUGAACUUCUUCAUCUUCCUUGGACCCUCGCCCAAGGAGGUAGUAGCUCAGUACACGGAGCUGGUCGGCCGACCGUUCAUGCCGCCUUAUUGGUCGCUUGGAUUCCAUUUGUGCAGAUUCAACUACAACACAGUGAACGCUACUAGAAAUGUGUGGAAGGCUAACAGGGAUGCUGGCAUACCUUUUGACGUGCAAUGGAACGAUAUAGACUACAUGCACGACCACAACGACUUCACAUACGACACCAAACGCUUCGCAGGACUACCCGACUUUGUCAAGGAGGUACACUCCGAGGGAAUGCAUUAUAUGAUUAUUAUUGAUCCAGGUGUGGGUGCAUCAGAGAAGCCUGGCACUUAUCCACCUUACGACAGAGGCGUCGAGAUGGACAUAUUCAUCAAGAACUCCACCAAUCAGAUUCUUAUUGGACAGGUGUGGAACACAGGUCAGACAGUGUACCCAGACUUUACUCAUCCGAACUCCAGCAGUUACUGGCUGGAGAUGAUGUCCAACUUCCAUAAACAUGUUCCUUACGACGGGGCAUGGAUUGACAUGAACGAGCCGUCCAACUUCCGCGACGGCACGGCGGUGGGGUCGUGCGCCCCCGAGGAGCUCCCGUACCGGCCGCGCACGUCGGACCCGGCGCUGCGGACCCAUACAGUCUGCAUGGACGGGCGCCAGUACGCGGGCACACACUACGACCUGCACAACCUGUACUCCUACACUGAGGCUGUCGCUACCUACUUGUAA